CCCGUUCCUCACCUCGCUCCGAGUCCCCUGGCCACCCCGUGCCCCCCCCCCCCCCCCGGGCUCCCCGCGAUGGAGGCCGCGACCCCGUGGGCCCCGCGCCUCCCGCUGCUGCUCCUGCUGCUGCUCCUCGGGGUGGAGGCGUCGCCCUUCAGCGUGGAGGGCUGGCUGGAGCGCUAUGGCUACCUCCCGGGCGGGGCGGGCCGCAUGUCCACAAUGCGCUCGCCGCGGGCCAUGGCGCAGGCCGUGGCGGCCAUGCAGCGCUUCUACGGCAUCAACGUGACGGGCAGCGUGGACCACGGCACGCUCGAGGAUUUCUCGACAAAAUGGUGGAUGAAGAGGCCGCGCUGCGGAGUCCCCGACCGCUUCGACCACGGCCCCGGUGUGCGGCGCCGCCGCUACGCACUCACAGGCCAGAAGUGGCACCACAAGCGCAUCACCUACAGCUUGCAGAACUCCACCCCAAAGGUGGGCGAGGCAGACACGAGGCGGGCGAUCCGCCGGGCAUUCGACGUUUGGCAGCGCGUCACGCCGCUCGCCUUCGAGGAGAUCCCCUACCACGAGAUCCGCAGUGGGCGGCGCGACGCCGACAUCAUGAUCUUCUUCGCGUCGGGGUUCCACGGGGACAGCUCCCCCUUCGACAGGGAGGGCGGCUUCCUCGCCCACGCCUACUUCCCCGGUCCAGGCAUCGGCGGCGACACGCACUUCGACUCGGACGAGCCGUGGACGCUCGGAAACAAAAACAACGAUGGGAACGACCUCUUCCUGGUGGCCGUGCACGAGCUGGGCCACGCGCUCGGGUUGGAGCACUCCAAUGACCCCAAUGCCAUCAUGGCGCCCUUCUACCAGUACAUGGACACGGUGCACUUCCAGCUGCCGCACGACGACGUCCUGGGCAUCCAGCAGAUCUACGGGCCUCCAGCCAAGGAGCCCGACCCGACGAAGCAGACGUCGCUGCCCCCUCCACAGCGGCCCGAGCCGCCGUCGCGCACCCGCAGGCCCGACAAGCGGCCGCGGCCCCCCAAGCACCCCCUGGACGAGCGGCCAGGCCUCCCCGGGGCCCUGCCCAGCAUUUGCGAGGGCGGCUUCGACACGGUCACCGUGCUGCGCGGAGAAAUGUUCGUGUUCAAGGACCAGUGGUUCUGGCAGGUGCGCAACAACCGCGUGGUGGAGGGCUCCCCGAUGCUCAUUGGUCAGUACUGGCGCGGACUGCCCUCCAAGAUCGACGCCGCCUACGAGCGCCCCGAUGGGAAACUCGCCUUCUUCAAAGGCAACAAGUUCUGGGUGUUUAACGAGGCUGGGCCGGAGCCCGGCUACCCGCGCACGCUCUCGGAGCUGGGCAAGGGGCUGCCGCAGGACCGCAUCGACACCGUCCUCUGGUGGGACCCCACCAGCAAGACGUUCUUCUUCAAGGGAGACCGAUACUGGAGGUUUAAUGAAGACAAGCGGACUGUCGACAUAGACUACCCCAAGUCCAUUAACAUUUGGAAGGGAAUCCCAGAGGCCCCUAAGGGUGCCUUUGUUGGGAAUGAAGGAGCCUACACGUACUUCUACAAGGGCAAGGACUACUGGAAAUUCAACAACCACCGUCUGGCGGUGGAGCCCGGCUACCCCAAGUCCAUCCUGAGGGACUGGCUGGGCUGCGACGGCACGACCCACCGCCUGCGCCCCGGGGGCAUGCCCCACUCCAACGCCGACGUGGACAUUGUGGGCACGAUGGACGAGUCCACGAGCACGAUCAACGUGAUCGCGAUCGUCAUCCCCUGCAUCUUCGUCAUCUGCGUGCUGGCUCUGGCCUGCACGCUGCUGCAGCUCAAGCAGAAAGGCGUGCAGAGCCACGUGGCUCACUACAAGCACUCCAUGACCGAGUGGGUGUGACGCGCCAGCGCCUCGUGGGGCCGGCUCGCCGUCCAGUGUCGCGAGGGAGUCCGUGCGCGCCAUGGAGAAUGUCGCUUUGCAGAGCUCUACGGGGUUCCCCAUAUUUUGCACAACUUUGUAGGACGGCUCCUGUGCCCACCGUUAGUUAGCAUUCUGUUUAGAACUUGGAAAAAAAUCUGACUCAUUUGUUUCUUUUCCUCGUUAAACGAAAUGUGUAAGAUACAAGCUUCCGGAAGACUUGUUAAGUUCCAUCGAGCAGUCACACGUUGGGCUGUGCGUCAGUGCGGUUUGUCAACAUUUGGGGGACCCGGAGUGGCGGUGACUUGCAUGGGGAGCAGUUGAGUCCCGAUCCGGCCCAGCGGUCCCAGUGUUCAUCUUCUGCCCUUGGCUCGGCAAUUGUCACGUCAAAAAUCGACAAAGUUAUAUUUUCUUAAAUUUACUACAGUUACAUGUCCAGGCAUAGCAUAUUAUUCAUUGUUAUUUUAUAUAUAUAAUUCACAUUUUGCGAUGUAGGAAGUUUAUUUGACCAACUGUUUCAAACAUUUUAUGUUUAUUUACUUGAAUAAGUUCUCUAUUUCAUUUUUAUUACAAUUUUUUACAUUGUCCCCUCUUAUGAUUCCACGUUUUGUGGUGAUGUUUAACAAAUUUGUAUAAACGUGACAAUAUUGAGACCUGCGUAAACCACCGGCGAUCACACGCGAUGUCAGUAAUGCGAGAUGCACAGAAUCACGCUGCCACGCAGCGAAAACCAGACACAAUCUAGAAUAUCCACUUUCAGUAAAUGGUUCAUCGUUAUCCACCUUCAGGCUAACGGACACUUGACUACCGAUGAAUGCGCCGGGUGAGACGCCGUUGACACGGAAACGAGCGCAGAACGCAAAGGAGCCCCGGAGCGAUGCCAAACGAACACGACCCCGAGAUUGCCAUUUUGAACAAAGCAAAGGUUUUAUCGGUGCUCUGUUGAUAACAUUAAGUGGCCAAUGUCUUCACUACCACCAACACAAUGUAGGCACAGUGAUACGUGACAGGGCCAUGCCGUAGUGAACAACAACAGCAACGACAACAACAAGGGCCGAAUGGCAUUGCUCUGUAACAGCAGCUCGUUAAAAUAAUAACACAAAAGUGCUGUACAGCCCCUUGCCAAUCCGCUGCUGGAUGAAGGUCUCCCAUAACUCACCACGCUGGUUCUGCAGUGUGCGUUGGCGAGUUCCUCUCUCCGCAUGCACGCAAGCGGACGACGAGUGAUGUGUGUGGCCAUAAGCGACCCACGCAGGCCCUGCGCUAGGAGAGGGGCGAUGCGCGAUGGGAUGGGCGGCGAUGGAGCCCGAGCCACAGUAGGUCAACGUGUCGCCUCCCUUCUCGAAUGGGUACGAGGGCACCUUGAUUCAGCUUUGGAAAUUCAAUGUUUUCAUGGCAGGGUCCAGGCUGCCAUGGGAUAUCACUGUACAGAGUAAUGCUCUUUUGUGCAUGAAGUUUUUUUUAUUGAAUCAUUUUAUUUAUUUUAUCUGCCAGUGGGAGUUUGAGGACAGUAUCAAAUCACAGGUUAUUUAGCGAAGGAGCGAAUCGUUUUGUGACAAACACGAGUUUCAGAAAUUAUUUGGGAAAAACUAAACGACGGAGGGUUUCCACUUUACGGUGUGAGAACAAAGUUCGUAGAAAUGAGUGCGGUGAUGGCUCCCGUCGUUUUAAACUGCGCGUGCCCCGUGCCACAUCACGGUUAACUGGAGCCAACUGAGCGGUGACGGUGACGACGGCAUUGAAGCCGCGCGCACCAACUUAUUUACAAAAAGAAGAGAAAAAAAAGUAUUAAGCAGUGACGGCUGAAUUGCGAUCAAAAUAAUUCAGGAAUCGGUUUUAACAUUUUAAUGCUUUUUAUGCAAACAAUGAAAUAGCGAGGGGGUUUAGAACGUUGCAGUUAAGUUCAUCGCCAAGGAUGGCCGCGUGCAGAGUCAGCGAGACGCGCCGUGUCCUGCGUGUCCUGCGUGGCCUGCGUGUCCUGCGUGGCCUGCGUGUCCUGCGUGGCCUGCGUGGCCUGCGUGUCCUGCGUGGCCUGCGUGGCCUGCGUGGCCUGCGUGUCCUGCGUGGCCUGCGUGGCCUGCGUGGCCUGCGUGGCUCGCGUCUCGCGCAGGCCGACAGCCGCGACGUGUGUCUCCCGCUCGAAGGCAGAGGCGCGCUUUGGGGUGAUCGGCGCUUUCACCGGAGUUGACCGCUUUUUAGUUUUUUCUCGACUGUCCGCAGCCUGGCCAAUGGUCACCGUCUGCGCCCACGAGUGGAUUACCCGUGACACACGCGCCUCUCUUUAACCUGGGGCGGUGUGAAUGUGAUGGACUCAAUAGUGGUGCGAAUCUCUAGAUCAAACAUGGAAUACAUCUGCGAGAGCGAUAGGAAAGCGAGCGCGCGCGUUAUGUUUUGACCUUCAUUUCAACGUAACGUGGUUUGGAAUAGAACGGAAUUGUAGGUGGAAUUCCCUGGAUUUCGUGACAUCCGGGAUCCGAGGGACACGUUUUGUAUCGCUCAGCUCGCCCCUCGCGUGGCGCCGUGAGAUGAAGAGAGAGAGAGCACCCCGGCGGCUCCCGGGUGGCUUCCCUGGCUCGUGCAGAGACGCCCCACCACGCCACCACCACCACGCCACCACCACCACGCCACCACCACCACGCCACCACCACCACGCCACCACCACGCCACCACCACCACGCCACCACCACGCCACCACCACGCCACCACCACGCCACCACCACGCCACCACCACCACGCCACCACCACGCCACCACCACCACGCCACCACCACGCCACCACCACACCACCACGCCACCACCACACCACCACGCCACCACCACCACGCCACCACCACCACGCCACCACCACCACACCACCACCACCACGCCACCACCACGCCACCACCACCACGCCACCACCACACCACCACGCCACCACCACGCCACCGUGUCGCGCCGCGCCGACCGCACGAGGCAAGAGCUCGGACCUCACACGAGGGACUUGGCACGUUCACUAAGGCCGCGAUACUGACGUCACAAUGAGGUUAUUCAUCUGCCGAAUCUCAACAGGGUUCAUCCCAUAGACAGACUGGCGAUGGGGGCAAUGACAGCUGUUGUCGGUGGCCUCUUGCGCGGUGAAGUAAAGGAAUGGAAGCUGUACAGAGAGCACACUCUUCCCAACGAGUGAACCAGGGGAACGAGGGGCAGUCGUUAAUGUUGACUUACAAUCGGCUAACCCCAGAGCAUGACGUAGGUCUAGCACUCUAUAGACCACGUGCACAGACUGUAUUGUAGACAGGGAGGCAGCGGUUUAUGUGUUUUAGCAGAUGUCUUCCAGCUAUUCGUCUGGAAUUGAUUCCAGUUAAUUGAGUUGUUUUAAAUUUGCACUAUUAAUUUGUUUCAAAAGUACAGUAUUCUUAUGAUUUGUAGUUCAUUCGUGUUAAUCAUUAAUACAUACGAAGUUUACAACCUAUUUUUAAAUUGUCACCACUUUUAGUUUGUGAAUUUUCUUUAGUUUGCAUUGAAUGGACUUUUAAAACUAUUUUUAAAAUAUUUUUUACAUUUGGAAUGGUUAAAGUGUGUAACAUUUAUUUUUUCUUUUGCUAUAUCAACUUUUGUUUCUUUGGAGCGUAUUAAAUACAGUUUGUACCUCAAUUUGUUUCUAAGUUACCAACCGCAGCCCAUAGUGCUGCGUCCAUCGCAGGUGUCGGCCCCUCGCUGUGAACGCAGCCACCGAGCGAGGGGGUCCCGAGCGCCGCGGCUGCCAACCGGCGCCCUGCAGACGCCGGUGGCGAGAACUCGCGGCCCCUCGCUUCCAUCCCGAGAGCCAUUCCGGUCCCAGUUCGAUGGAAAUGUCACGAGAAUUGGGAUUUCCUCACGCCAUCUUCAAGCGGCUCUUAUUGUUGCUGCUGCUGUUGUUGUUCUUGUUGUCGUUUAGAGCGUCCCCUGUGGUGAGCACCGCGAGGAGCCCACAGCGCGCCUGAUUGGGCCGAUUUAAGUUUCCAUCUGCACCAUCGCCCGCCGAGUGACAUCGGCUGAUUGAAGAGCCUCAGUCCUCUGAUGCCACGCGCACUUGGCGUCACUCGCUAUGGGGAUCCUUCACGACACGGUGUCCCUUAACGAGGGGCAUUCGUCAGCCUUGACCGUGUACGGAUUUGCAACGGUCGGCGUGGGGAGUCGGAUGUGGGCCAUUUCACUUCCGUGGACGUCCUUUUCCGACGUGCUCGGGUUUCGCGAUGCGCGCUCAUCCCGAGUCACGUCCUCAAGCGAGGGCAAGGUCAGCUUCCUCGUUCGCCCCAGAAACGCAGGGUCACGCUGUUGUCAGUGAUCAUCGAAUCCUCGACAGAACCAAUUUGCCUUCGUUCUGACGAAGCCAGAGGCGUGAAUAUUGGCCAAAGGCUCGGGCGACAUCCCCGUGUGAUCCAGACCCAACGUGUCGUCAGUCUUCCUCCUCGUGUCUCAUUUGAAGCCAAAAAUGUAAAUCACACGUGGGAAAUACGGACAAGAACAAGAGCAUGCAAUAAAUCAAUCGUGUAUCAAUGCUGUAUCAAUUAGGGCCGAGGCACUUUUGUAGCGUGUUUAUUCCGUGGUUGUCGUGUGACGUCCCUUGUUUUGAGACUCAGUUGCUCUUUUCGAGCCGCGUCUGAGAUUCCGCAGCGUCUGUCCACGACGACGUUUCAGUUCACGCUCAAACUCAUCCCGUGGGGCCACGCAUCGAGACGCAAUUGUGGAACUGGUCUCUCAGUGUUUUGGCCGAUCGCGUAAUUCUCCACUUAAUUCUCUACUUCAUUCAAUCACUUUAUUCUCCACUUCGCUCUCCACUUCCUUCUCCACGACGAGUUGAAUGAUGUGGAGAAUGAUUGUGCUGCGUGUUUUUCACAAAUCCUAGCGAGAGGGGGCCUUGUCUAUCACCGCAUCUGGCAGUUAACCAGCAUCGGUUCUCGCAAGGCCACAUCUGCUGGUCAGACAGCGAAUGCCGAAACCGGUCCACGGUUUUUACUUGCGUCGAGCCAAUGCUGCUGAAGCGAUGCACUCCCAGAAGGCCGUGGGGCUGAUGGGAUGUGUCAAAUGUACUCGCAUGUGUUUAUCUGGAAGGACAGAUCUGUGAAGGAGGCAGUAUUGUCCGCUAAUCGAGGUGGUUAUCGUCUCCACGCCGACGACGCCGAUGGCGCCGCCUGUCGAGCGGCGCGCCUCGUGCCCGAGGGGAGACGCCGGCGUCGGGGCUGUGGCCCAGCCCGGGGCUGUGGCCCAGCCCGGGGCUGUGGCCCAGCCCGGGGCUGUGGCCCAGCCCCGGGCUGCCGGCCCCGGGUCACUCAGCGGCGGUGCGCACAGAGUGGUGACCUCGAUUAGCUCGCUCGUCUCGGCUCUAAUGGACCAUCACUGGACUCGCAUUUACAGAGCACAGCGCAAACCGUGCAAUGCUGUCUUAAACAACAACAACUAACGACCAUUACAUGAUAAUUGAACAGCGGUACGGUGUUUGGUUUUCAUUCGCACCUCUUUUACGCAAUGACGUUGCGAAGCCUACAAUGUGCGAGAGGCGGUCAGUACAUUCAUAACCUUUAGUAUGAAUGUAUCUCCUUAAUUCACUCUGCUAAGAGCUGAGGACCUUACACUCUGAACUGCCCGAAUGUAUUCCCGCGCAUUGCAUCUGCGAGCCGGCAAUUAGCUCGGCGUGAGAGCUCAUCCCGCGAUUAGAUCUCGAGAGUGUGUACAGGCACACGUCCCACUCGUGCAGGCGCGGCAGCCGCGUGUGUUGAUCGAAGGCAUUGUUGUUAACACCACGCCAACACCGACGAUGCAUGCUCCUCGUGGUCUCCAGCUGGCACCAAUGGAAUGUUUCAGUUCGCAUCUCACACGAGCGCUCGCAGCAGCAGCAGCGGACGUCGGGGCUGGCACGUUGUGGGUUUGUUGUAACUUGGUGCGGUGUGUCAACAUCGCCACUCGGGAGACAGAGGCGGCUGGUCGUGGUGCUGGCCACCCACCCCCUCGUGUACCGUGCCCGACUUCAUAGGUGCUCGCUAACAGCACUCGCUCCUUCAUACAGCCUGUUAAGGCGAUUCGGGGGAUCUUUGUUGUUGUAACUUGGCACUCAUUGCAACACAACCGAAUUGAUCAUACACGUGGUCUGACUAAUGAUCCCGAAUACGAGUUAUGUUCACCACGGAUGAAUACGAUUAUGUUCAUAUUCGCUAACGGAUAAUGAUGUGUAUGCUGUACUUAUACAGUACAUUGACGUGAGAUCAACACCGAGGACAUCAUCACGAAUGUGUUCACGAUUUCCCGACGCGGCAGCCAACACGAGCUCUGGUUCCUGUGGUUGAGGCGAAGCAGAGAGGAGGAGGUGUGGUGCCCGGGAACGCGCACACACACGUGGAACGCGUUCUCCCAGCAACAUCACAAGCCAAGCGUCGCUAACAGUUAAUCAUAUUUAGUGAUAUAUUUAGUGGAAGCAUUGACAGAUAUAUCUGUAUUCAUUUGUUCAAUAAUACGGCGUAACCCUGUUCGGUAAGGAAAUAACCUUUUGCUCGGAUGAAUGCGGAAUGAUGACGGUAGUUAUAAGCAUAAUAUUAUCAUCAUCAUCACCAUCACCUCUCUGUCCAUGCCCUGCUCCCCGUCCCUGCCCCGGGACGCCGUCCUCGUGGUGUCGUCUGCGGCGGCGGCCGCGUCUCAGUGGCCGACGGCGGCCGCAGCGACGCGACUCGUGCUCCCUCUCCUCUCCGCAUCGCAGUCGGAGUGUGCGUAACUCGAGACGAGCAUGUGCAGUCUUGUUUACAAAUGCACACGUGGAACGGCAUCGUGUGAUUUGAAUCUUACGUCUGUACAUAUGUCUUGUUGUUUUUUUUCUAUUUUAUGAAAUUAAA